CGGGUAAGAGAUCAGCAUAGAACAUAUCAAAUCCUUCUCCGAAUAAAUCAUCCGUAAAGGGGGGUUUCGGCCCAGACGUGUUAUCACCCGGCUGAUUGGGUUCGUCAGAGGUCCUGUGAAGACAUCCUGCUUUGAGCAAAGAGAAGGAUUUACUUACGGAGAGAUCUGACCAAUCAAGGCUCUGAUCGCCGUUGAAAGGAAUCCCAAUGGAUAUUACCUAACCUGUAACUAACGUCUCCAAGACGUUGGCAUCCAGUGGUAACUUUGUGCCCCUCACUCACAUCCCAGUUAUACGCGGCCAUGAAACAAACAAGUCGAAAGGCCCUUCCGAGCUUGAGCUUGAGCCACGGCAUUGGAUCCUCCAGGAGCCGUAGAGCUAUUAUCGCGGCUGUUUUAUUCUUCAAUGCGGCAUGUCUAUUACGCCUAUGGACAUUCCAAAGCUUGAAAUCCGGACCGGAUAUAGCUCAGGUGCAAAGAUGCGCCAUCGAUAAUCUCCAAGCCGACUUAUCUUUUCUCGACGGAGCAUCCCCAAUCAGCAAACUCGAGUUCAUAGAAAGACGAGAUCGUCUCGCACGAGCUCUAGUCGCAUCUAAUGUCGGUGCUUUUGUUCUCGAGCCAGGUUAUACUUUCCAAUACUAUGGGAACACUUCACAGGGCGAUUGGGAGCCCUGGGAGCCCGAAGAAAGGCCGUUCUUGAUGAUAAUCUUACCCGUAAGCUCCGAGUCCGGGGCCGUUUCUGCCAAGACGGCUUUUCUAGCUCCACAUUUUGAGGAAGGCCGAGUCCGCAUGCUCGGGAUACCCUCCCGAGAGCCUGAAUUGGACAUCGUAAUUUGGGAGGAACACUGGGAUCCUUACGGUACUCUUCGGCAGUCUCACUUAUUUGCUGAUACUGGCAUGCAUGGGCAUGGGAGGAAACCUAGACUCAUGAUAGAUGAGGAGUUGCGGGAUUUUAUUGCUCGCGGACUUGCAAAUGCUGGAUUCGAGACGUUCGGAUUGAGCGCAGAAGUCGAAUUGGUGAGGCAGCUAAAAAGCCCCGCCGAAGUAGAAUUGCUUCGCGCUGUUAACACCGGGACUGUGACGGCCGUAAGGGCGAUGCGUCCAUGCCUCGUGGCGGGUUUGACUGAAGACGAAGUGCGAAAUAUUCUUGAUGCAGCGCUGCUCUCGGUGGGUUUUACUCUUUUCUUCAACAUAGUUCUCUUCGAGGAAGAUGGAGCCUUGCCUCACGGCGGCUUUGUCGUUGGCAAAAAGAAAUUAAACUAUGAGACAAUGGUCGUGAUCGAUGUCGGGGCCCAUUACUUGGGAUACUCUUCCGAUAUUUGCCGCAGCUUUUUCAUAGACUCGACGACGGAGAGGGGCAAAACAUACUCCAGUUUAAUUGCAUCUCUUUUUAUGACGCCGGACCUGCUGCCCAGGUCCAUCCAAGUCCCUAGAGGAGACUCUAAGCUGCAUGCAGAAAAGUUGAAAGUAUGGGAUAUUGUACUGGAGGCCCAGACGGCUGCAGCUAAGGAGUUCAAAGCGAAUAGUACCGCAGCGAGUGUCGACCUUGCUGCCCGUAAGAUUAUUGAAAAAGCAGGAUACGGUCGUGCCUUUACGCACCGACUUGGUCACGGAAUUGGGAUCAAGGCCCACGAGUCACCAUACUUGAAUAAGUGGAAUACAAGAAGUAUCCUCCAACCUGGGAUGACUUUUACAAACGAACCUGGGAUAUAUCUGGAAGGUAAAUUUGGUGUUCGUCACGAAGAUAUAUAUCUUGUAAAAGAAGAUGAUGAUGCCGAGCUAUUAACGGGGCGAAGAGCUAUGGGUCCCUAUGACCCUUGAGAAGCAUGAUAUGGUGAAGGCCCUUAAAUCCGGAGUUUUGCUUGUUACAAACAGGACUAGGUAUCAUUGAUCUCAUUACUGGAGAGUUCUAACCCCCUUCCGGGCUUGGCCACAUUAUUGCCUGAGAAAAGUGCCCAGCAGAGGCAGAAACUCAUUCACAGGCCCGAUAGAUGAGGAAUUAUUGAGUCGGUCGAGAAAAACAUUCAUUGUAUUCAUGCGUCAUCUGAAUUACCUCAAGUACCUAACCUAGGUAGGUACCUCUCACAUGGGUUACCUACUUCACAAAUUUGACAGAAUUAAACCGGC